UCGGCGUCGUGGUUGCCACGGUUACCAGCCUGGGCGGCAGGCUGGCGGAGAGAGUCCGGGCAAAAGUUAAUCAAUGAAUACAGACCGAGAAGGGUGAAGCGUCAACGAGGGGAAAGAGUGGCCCGGUCACUUAGAGACGUCCAGGUGUAGGGUCGUGCCUGUCAGACAGGGCAGCAAUGACUUUCAAGGGCCAGUACAAACUUGAUGAUGGCACCAACGUUGUAAUGGACUGCUUUCCAGUCAGAAAGAUCUUCAAGGGAGGAUACCAAAGUGCAGGACAUUGGGUGGAGGCUCAGAAAAGUCCCAAGCAGAAGGACUUCCAGGCUGUCCUUGGCCCAAAGCCGCCGACCCAGCGGGUGUUUGCUGCACCUAGCCCGACAUCCAAACCUCAUGUUGCCCAGAUUCCUAAGUCUGCCAAGGAGAAAGUACUGGAUGGAAAUUACUUGAUGCUCCUGCACUGCGUGGAUAAUCAGUCGGACCUUUGUGUUGCAAAUAUUAGUGAUCAGGACCUCAAUGCCGUUAAUGAAGAAGAUUUUCACUUGUUUGAUAGUGUGGCUUUUAUAAAUGCAGCAGUGAACCAUUUACCUUUUGAGCCGUUUCGUUUGUUUCCAGCUCUCAGGGAUUUGGACCUUAGCGCGAAUGGUCUGCAGAAUCUGUUGGUGAUAUCUCAAGAUUUCCCCCAUUUGGAGGUACUAAAUCUGUCCUACAACAAUGUGUCUAAAGAAGAUAUUCUGGCACUGGGCAUCCUCCCUCAACUCAAAGUCCUCCACCUGACAGGCAACGAUCUGGACUCACUUCCCCCAGACCUGACGGCACCCUAUGAUCCUGUGGAUAGGCUGGAAGAACCCUUUCUGAGAUUUCCAGUCCUUGAGGUUCUGAUGCUGGAUGAGAACAGACUCUCUGACCCCUGUGUGUUUUCAAGCCUGGCCAGUCUUCACAGGCUAAAGUACUUAAAUCUCGACCAAAACAACUUCACUGGGGUCCCCUACCUGCAACAGAUGGAGACCUCUGCACCCUUUGAGAAGACUGAAAGUGCUCAGCUCUGCCAUUCAAUCAUCAGCCAAAUCAAACAGCCCAUCAAAUGUCCAUCAGCGCCGUCAGUGGAAAUUUCUGUGUUUCAGUCUGAUGUCGAAGCUCAGGGACAAUUGAGAGAAAGGGUUCUAACGGAAAGUCGUCGGCCAUAA